ACUGAGCCUUCAUAUUAAAUUUUCCCCACAGCGAUGGAAGGUGGCCGAUGCAACUGGCCACGAGGCAAAGUGAUCGGCGGGAGCAGCGUAUUGAAUUACAUGCUGUACCUCCGGGGGAACAAAAAGGACUACGACACGUGGGAGCAGCAAGGAAACCCGGGCUGGUCUUCAAGAGAAGUGCUGCACUAUUUCCGAAAAUCGGAGGACAAUCAGAAUCCGUAUUUAUCCCGUACGCCUUAUCACGCGACCGGCGGUUAUCUGACCGUCCAGGAGGCCCCGUGGCACACGCCAUUAGCAGCAGCGUUCGUCCAGGCGGGCCAGGAAAUGGGCUACGAGAACCGGGACAUCAACGGCGAACAGCAAACUGGUUUCAUGAUCGCUCAAGGUACCAUCAGACGUGGGAGUCGGUGUUCCACGGCGAAGGCGUUUCUGCGACCGGCGAGGCUGCGGAAGAACCUCCACAUCGCGAUGUACGCGCACGUGACAAAGAUUCUUAUCGACCCGAAGUCGAAGAGGACGUACGGCGUAGAAUUCGUCCGCGACGAGAAGAUGUUUCGCAUCCGAGCGAAGAAGGAAGUGAUAGUGUCGGGAGGAUCGGUGAACUCGCCGCAGUUGUUGAUGCUGUCAGGAAUCGGACCCAGGGAACACUUGAUCCAACAUGGAAUUCCGGUGAUACAAGACUUGAAGGUCGGACAGAACAUGCAGGACCACGUGGGACUCGGUGGUCUGACGUUCAUGGUGAAUCAAGAAGUGUCGAUGGUAGAGAAGAGGCUGCACAGCGUUCAAGCCGUGAUGCAGUACGCGAUCUUCGGCGAUGGUCCACUGACCGUCCUGGGAGGCGUCGAAGGGUUAGCGUUUGUCAAUACGAAAUACGUGAACGCCUCCGACGAUUUCCCGGACAUAGAACUGCACUUUAUCUCGGGUUCGACGAACUCUGAUGGAGGCAGACAGAUAAGGAAGGUUCACGGGCUGACGAAGCGGUUCUACGACGCGGUGUUCGGCCCGAUCAGCGACAAGGACUCGUGGAGCGUGAUCCCCAUGCUCUUGCGACCGAAGAGCAAAGGUGUGAUCAAGCUGCGCAGCAAGAACCCCUUCGAUCAUCCACUGAUUUAUCCAAAUUAUUUUAAGGAGCCAGAGGACGUCGCGACGCUGGUCGAAGGGGUGAAAAUCGGCGUCGCGCUCAGCAGGACUGCGGCGUUUAAACGGUUCGGCAGUGAACUGAACUCGAAACAGUUCCCGGGUUGCAAACACAUUCCCAUGUACAGCGAUCCGUAUUGGGAGUGCAUGAUCAGGCACUACUCGGCGACUAUUUAUCACCCCGUGGGGACGUGCAAGAUGGGUCCAUACUGGGACCCGGAGGCUGUUGUCGAUCCUCAGCUUCGGGUGUACGGAAUCAACGGCCUUCGUGUGAUCGACGCGUCGAUCAUGCCGAAUCUGGUCAGCGGAAACACGAACGCGCCGGUUAUCAUGAUUGGAGAAAAAGGCUCGGAUAUGAUUAAAGAAUUCUGGUUGAAGAACAGGCGAGGCAGGGGAUGAUUUGUCCUAAAAAAGUAUCAAAUUUAUCAGAUUUUUAAUCAAACCGAUUGGAUUCCGGAUUCACUUCGUAUUAAAAACGUUAUAAAUCAUUUAUGUACAUCUUCAAUACUUGGAUCUAUGUAAAUCUGCUGUGUUUCUAUGUACGAAGUGAAUCCAGAAUCAUCAGCCAUCUGUAUAUAAAAUUCCUUUUUAAAGUCUUUAAAUUAAAUUAUGUCAUAAAUGUAAGUAAGUGUAAAUGAAGGGAUAAAAGCUUGUACACACUUUUUCUGGGACACCCUGUAUAGUUACAAAUAAAUAAUUGUAGGAGUUACAUUUUAACGGUGGUAUAAAGUUACGCGUGAAAUAUAUUAAGUUAUAUUAGUUAUUUUUAUACGAAAGAUUAUUUUAAAUAUUAAAUUAUAUUUAUAUAAUAGAUAGAUUAUUUUAAAUAAAAGUAGAAUAUAAAUUUUAAUGUAAUACGAUUCUCAAGAGUAUGACUGAACACACGAUUUAAAAUUGUUACUCGAUUUUUGCAAAUUCAAGCAAAAUUUGUCAAUUUUUUCAUCUGGGCUUGCUGGCUUAUUUAUGAGAUUGUAAAAAAAUACAGCGAGUAGAAAUUGCAAAUAUUUUACAAUUGGAAUUGCAAUAAAUUGCAAAUACAGUGAAUAGAAACAUGUACGAUUACGUGGAAUGUGUCGAAUUCGUGACUGAGAACCAAACGCGAUACAAAGAUAUAAUUAUCAGUAUGAUUACUUUUAAUAAAACACGACUUGUAAAUAUUGUACCUGCAUGAAAACGACGCUGGUAUAAAAAUAAUUUCUUGUAAAAAAUAAAUAAACAUUGCGAAUAAUUUUAUCGAUAACCAUGCGAAUUUAUUGCGUACGAUUCCCCCCGAUCAAGUUCGGAAAAAGUCUGACGCAGCUAUAUUAUA